GAAACGUUUCUUCGCCACACUAUAGUAUAUAAAAGGCUCACGUGACUCACGUGACGCUCCCUUAUUAACCUAUAUCGUUCGCCAACUUCGAAACCCUAAAUUCCCAAAUUGCGGAGGCUGAGAGAUCUCAAAUCGACGACCAACAGGAAGAAUGAGCAGUCGUUCGAGUAGAACCGUGUACGUCGGAAACCUUCCUGGCGAUAUCCGUGAGAGAGAGGUCGAAGAUUUGUUCAGUAAGUAUGGACCUGUUGUUCAAAUUGAUUUGAAGGUUCCUCCAAGGCCUCCUGGUUAUGCAUUCGUUGAGUUUGAUGAUGCUCGGGAUGCUGAAGAUGCUAUUCAUGGUCGUGAUGGCUAUGACUUUGAUGGGCAUCGUUUGAGGGUGGAAUUGGCGCAUGGUGGGAGGCGUUCAUCAGAUGAUACUCGGGGUAGUUUCAAUGGUGGUGGCCGUGGUGGUGGUCGCGGCCGUGGUGAUGGUGGUAGUCGUGGGCCAUCUAGGAGAUCAGAGUUUCGUGUUCUAGUCACAGGCUUGCCUUCAUCUGCUUCUUGGCAAGAUCUCAAGGAUCACAUGCGUAAAGGAGGCGAUGUCUGUUUCUCGCAAGUGUACCGUGAUGCUAGAGGGACAACUGGAGUUGUUGAUUACACCUGCUAUGAGGACAUGAAGUAUGCGCUGAAAAAGCUCGACGACACAGAGUUUCGAAAUGCGUUUUCGAAUGGAUAUGUCCGGGUUAGAGAAUAUGAUUCAAGGAAGGAUUCUAGGAGUCCUAGCCGGGGAAGAUCCUAUUCUAAGAGCCGCAGCCGCAGCCGUGGACGAAGCGUGAGCCGAAGCAGGAGCAGAAGCAGGAGCAGGAGCAGAAGUCCCAAGGCAAAGUCUUCACGUAGGUCCCCUGCAAAAUCUACAUCAAGAUCUCCUGGCCCCCGCUCGAAGUCAAGGUCACCGUCUCCAAGAAGAUAUGGAUUUACAUACGACUAGAAAAUGGAAAUUAAUAUCUGGAUGGAAAUUGAUUGUUGACAAGUGUUUCGUCUAAGAGGUAUGGGAAACUUUGGAAUAGAGACUUUGCUUUUCGUGGCUUCCUGAUAUAGUAUUCACUAAUUUACAUUGCUGCUAGAUGGAUAACAGUGGAGACAUUGGAUCACUUGGAUCACAAUAUUAUAUCGGGAUUUCUGUAAAACUAUAUUGGCUCGAUGGAUUGACAAUAUGGAAUCUGGGUUCUCUUGGGACGUCCGUGGCUCAUUUGGCAACACAAGUUUUUUUGGCCACAUGGCUUAUAAAACCUCUGUCCUAUCACCUAUGUUUUAACUAAGUAGCAGAAUAGUUUGGUUUAUGUUUCUUUUUUUUUAUUUGUUGCAACUUCUUAAUCUCUGUGAGAUAGAAGGAGAGGCUCCAGGACCUUGCUGAACAGUAUAAAACACAACAUGUUUGGAUUUUUGAAUCUGAGUUUCUUUUCUUGGACUUUUGCAGAUCGCGUUCAAGAUCAAGAUCUCCUCUACCUUCUGUUCAGAAGGAAGGAAGCAAGAGCCCUAGCAAGCCAAGUCCAGCCAAGAGUCCUAUCCACACUAGGAGUCCAUCGAGGUAAAAUGGGAGAUAUCCAGGUGAAAAGAGAAGAGAGAAGCAUCUUCUUGCUACUCAAAACAAAUUCUACUUUCUUGAAGUGGAUUAUAUCUGAACGCUUAUUGACUGUAGAAGAUGCGACAAGUUUGAUUUGCACUAUCAUUUUGUAAUAUUCUUGCCAUUCUUCGUCUUCUGGAUCCCUUUACUUUUGAGAAUGAUGUUUUUUUUUGAAGAUAUCGUUUCUUUUCCCUCCUUCUGAUUCAUCCUUUUCUUAAUUAACUAAAGCUCUCACUUAAACAACGUCGU